ACUUGAGUGUCAUUUUUAAAAUCCGUAUUCAAAUUGUAUUGAGCCCAAUUUAACUGACAUUUCAUUGGCUUGAUCUUGACUUGCUCCGACCAUUCAUAAGUUUUAUCUAUAAAAAUUGUUUUCAUGAACACGUCACAACGGAAGUAGAUAUCGACUUGCUUUUAGCUGUAUAAAACUAUACAUAAAACGCACGGCGCAUGCGCCCGUCGAGUUGUAUUUCAAGUGCAACAUCGUAACCAUAACCUAAUCAGAAGCAAAAGCUAACUGGCUGUUGAGUGACCUUGCCGAGAAGCGGUUCAAUAUUCUUAACAACUUAAAAAUCUUGAACCUGCAAAUAAAAAAUGUCAACUUUUGGUGGUUUAAUAGAAGAGAUACCUGGGAUUUCAGUGGAUCGUUUUGAUGGCGAAAAUUUUAAAUCAUCUCUUUUUUUUUUAAGUCACUGCCACACCGACCACAUGCAAGGAUUAAUAUAUCAAACAGAUUUUGUUAAAAAAUUAUUAGCGCAAAAUCAAUAUUUAUAUUGUUCGCCAAUUAGUAAAAAAAUACUUGAAUCCAAGCUCCAAAGAUUUGGUCCUGAAGCUGAUUUUAUCAAAACUAUUGACGGUGUCUCACCAAUAAUCGUGGAAUAUACUGUAGAAAAUAAAACGGAGUAUCUUAAAGUAACGAGUACUUCUGCAGGACAUUGCCCUGGUUCAGUGAUGUUUCUAUUUGAAACUGAAAAGACAUCUGUUCUUUAUACCGGGGAUUUUCGCCUUGACUCUAAAGAUUUAUCUAAAUUUAAACCUUUGCAUGAUUUUGUUGACGGUAGAAUGAUUCCUAAAAAAUUUGAUAAUAUUUAUCUAGACACAACUUUUUUCAAUCCUAACAAUGAUUUUUUUCCAAGUCGACAAGACUGUGUAAGAGAAAUUUGUAAAGUUGCUAGCGAUUGGAUAAGUAAAGAUUUAAAUAAUAUUGUCAUAUUAGAAUGUUCCGCUCAUUACGGUCCUGAGUAUAUUUUUAUUGAAUUGUCCAAUGCGUUGAAAUUGCGGAUACAUGUGAAAGAUAAAGUUUAUCAAAGCUAUACAUUUUUUCCGGAACUAUCUAAAUGUGUUACUGAUGAUCCUAAUGCAACUCCGAUACAUGCUUGCAUGGAAAAAAACUCUAGUCGAAAUAAUGUUUUAAAAUGUCGUCCUGAAGUUAAAUAUAAAUCAAUAAUUACUAUUGUACCGUCAGUAUGGCGGUGGAGGCAUAAAGAUGUUGAAAAAAAUAUCUGUGAAUGGGAAGCUAUUAACAAAAGAUUUUAUACUUGUUAUUCAUGUCAUUCGUCUUUCAGCGAACUUAAAAAUUUUAUUGAAUAUUUUAAGCCCAGUAAAUUAUAUCCCUGUGUUGUUCCAAUUGACGCUAAUUUCGAUGAUUUUAAAAAUACUUUGAACGAAAUUUUGAUCAAUUCAAAAGAAGCUACCAAUAGUUUUACCGGAUUUCAUAUGAAGCCUUUAAAAUCUAAGCCAUUAGAUGAUACUAAAAAAAAGACUUUUAGUUUAAGUGACGAUGAUGAUGAUUAUUAAUAAAUUUAUAUGAGGCUUUUUUAA